AUGAUUGACUUGCUGUCCAAGUCCAUCACGGGCAAGCUCAAAACUUCACAUUCAGUCCACAUUCGCGACUGGAGCACUGAUACCUCCAGUAGCGGUCUGCUUAGUCCGGUCGGCUCACCAAAAUGGCGACGGGGCCAUCGGCGCCAACUGAGUUUGACGAGAUUCUACAUCCAACCCGGCAAAGCCAUAUGCACGGCCGCCGCGAUAGCCCUGUUGACCGUCGUCGGUCUUUGGUGGUCGUUCAGACCGGUCGGCCGGGUGCCGAUGCAGGAACCGGACAUCGAAGGAGACCACGGACUCAUACCAAUGGGUCAAUCAGAAAGUCGCGACGGAAGAGAGGUGUUCUGGUGGGAACAAUUCCCCCGGCUCCAUGGUCUCUACCGUGGUCGCAAGAAUAUCGUUCCCUUCUUGGAAUAUGCUCCGGAGCAGCAGACAAAUUCCUUCAACCCUUUCGAUCCCGGCCCACAAAAUGAUCCCGACUUGGUCGCUCUGCCGUCGCCGCUUCAAUCGGACAUGGAGCAGUGCUAUAUCGAUGAAGAAAGGAAUAUUCUGCCGCCGACCAUAUCUGCAUACCAGGGAUUACCUCAGGGAAUGUCGGCGCCUCUGUUUGGCUCUCAGAAAGAACUCGGUAUCAAUGAUCGAGUAUGCUAUGACCGAAUCAACCGAUUUGCGCCAUACGGGCUGGGUUUUGGCCAGGAUGAAGGCGGACUGGGUUUGAACCUGGACGGCGACAAUCAAGGCUUGAACCAUGUAGUUGCGACUGACUGGAGGCACGUCAAUUGGCGCAACGCGCAAAAGCAGUGCCUCAAAAAGAACGCCGACCGGGUGAAAUCUCGCACGGCAUUGGUUAUUCGCACAUGGAACACCUUUCAAUAUUCCGAAUAUCACAUCAUGAUGCUUCGGGCCAUGAUCAGCGAACUGGCCCUGGCAUCGGGAGGACAAUAUUCGGUGCAUUUCCUCAUUCAUGUCCAAGACGACACGAUUCCCAUCUGGGCUUCUCAGGACUUGUACAAUCAGGUUCUUCGAGACAGUCUCCCGGAAGAAUUUUGGGGAAUGGGGAGCCUCUGGUCGGUGGCGCAGAUGAAGUUGAUCUAUCCUCCACCAUUCCCGGAAAGUAUUGUCAAUUUCUCAGGAGGCGACAUCUAUGAAGCUUAUCGCUCUUUGCAUUUCCCCUUGCAAUAUUUCGCCUCUCGUCAUCCUGAAUACGAUUACUUUUGGCAGUGGGAAAUGGAUGUCAGAGUUACCGGACACUAUCAUGAAUUAUUCCACCGGAUCACGACGUGGGCUGAACGCCAGCCUCGGGAAUAUGCCUGGGAACGUUCUUCCAAAUUCUUUAUUCCUUCCCUCCACGACGACUCUUACGACAACUAUGCCCGAUCCAUUAUGGACGAGACCACAGCGUCCAACAAGACACCCAUCACGGGACCACAAAUACCCCAAGAACGUCUUCUUGACAUUCCUGAACAAUCAAUCCCGCAACAUGCCGACGAAAUUACAGAUCUGAUCACCUUGAACCCCUUGUUCGACCCCACCCACACUCAUUGGGCAUUCCACGACGACAUCACCGGCUACAAUGUCGAUGUGGAUGGUCGACCUCCCACACGAGCAGCACUCAUCACCGCCUCCCGAAUGUCCCGUCGUCUACUCCUCCUAAUGCACGAAGAGACCUACCGCAACAAGCACACGAUGUUCCCCGAAAUGUUUCCUGCCUCGAUUGCCCUCCACUACGGCUUCAAAGCAAUCUACGCUCCUCUUCCAGUAUAUUUUGACCGUAACUGGCCAAGUGAACAUGCCAAUGAAGUCUUCAAUAACGAACCGCUCAGCGCCAAGAGCCAAAGAGAGGGAAUGGAUCACGGAGACGGCUACUUCCACGGUGAGGGUGGUAGUGUAUUCGGGCCUGGUGAGCAUGUGUUCCGAGGGGCAACCUAUUAUUCCAAUGCCGCCUUUGCUGGAUACCUGUGGCGACGAUGGCUCGGGAAAGAGAAUGACAAUGAUGAAAUUGCCUGGGAAUCAGAAGGGGGAUAUGAAUUAUGGCUGGUCACCGCUGCCGCUCAGAUCUCCCAGACCCUCACAGCUAUCAUUAAACGAGCGAAGAAGGCUCCAAAAGAGUGCCAGGAUGCUCGAGCAGAAGUUGAUGACAUGCGGAGGAUCCUAGAACAGCUGCAGCUCUUUGUGUUCGGUAUAGCGACAGCUUCACGGACCAGAACAUCCUUGAUCCUAGUCGAUCAGGUCGUUACUACUCUCGCCGCGGCAGUUACGACGUUCUCGGAGUUGGAUGUGUUUGUGGAGGUUCUUGACUCGGAUGAGAAAAUGGGAUUGUUGGAUAGAUUCCGCUGGGGUUCGAAAGCGAAGUCACUCGGAGAGAUCACACAAAAAUUACAGCUACACAAGAGCUCUAUGAGUCUAAUGCUAGCUAUAUUAACAUGCCAGAGCACCGUUGAGGCUGAAGAUAAGGUGGACAAGUUAUGUGACCUGGUCGAACAAACACUGAAGCAGAACACCCUCCUUGCAGAGAGGCUUGCGUGGCACCAGAUGAAACGGCACAACGACUUUCAGAAGAUACAUCCAGGCCUCCCGAAGAACAGAAGCAAGAAGCAGAGAAGCCAGCCAGCUGAAGACGACAACAGCGAAAAAUCUGUUUCUCCGGAUCCAUCGCAACCUGGUGCUCAAGGUCAUCCUCGGGCAUUCGUCUUCGAAGAACUGCUGAUGAAAUCGAGAGUCUAUCGGAAGAUGGCGUGGGAUAACAGCGACACCUUCUCAGUUCUUAGCUCGGCUGGUAGAACUGGCACCUGGUCUCUGCUCUCCGGACUCAGCUUGUCAGAGAUGUCCAAUAUUGCAAUUCUCGCUCUUCCAGUUUAUGCAACUGAUCUCGAGAAUAAAGAACGCUAUGACUUCAGUUCUAUCACAGAAGAACCGACCAUCCCCAUACUCCCCGAUUCGCAAGAGACCCUGGUGGCCUUACCAAAGAAGACCGACACAUCGUCCAGACCCAAAAUAUCUCAAAUCUUUAGCAGGCGAAAGAAGGCCAGUGCUGGAGCUGGAACUACUACCCCGGCUCAAGAAGACACGUCCACCACCGAUGCUCCGAGAGUGAUGGGGGUGCCGGUUCACGAAAGUAUUCGAUAUGCCAAUGUCGCCAUCAGCAUCGAAGAUGAAGAAGGCCAGGAAUUCAUUUUCUGCUACCUCCCAAUUGUGGUGGCCAAAUGUUGCAAUUAUCUAAAGGAUCCCGGGCCCAAUAUGAAGGGCAUUUUCGCCACCAACGGACGCCCUUCCCGAGUUCUUGCUUUGGAACAAAUAUUUGAUAAUCCAAGACGAAGAUAUGGGAGGGGGGUUGAUUGGACUGGCUUUACCAUACACGACUGUGCCGCCCUUCUCCUCCGGUAUCUUAAAGCGCUUCCUGAGCCCAUUAUACCGUUUGACCGCUAUUACCAGUUCACCGCUCCUUUUCGGCAGCACUCAGACUGGAAGCUGCCAUACGAUUAUUGGCCAGAUGUCGAGUCAUUUUCCAGAAAUCCUCAACAAGUGACGCUGAUCCAGCAUUGCAGAGAGGAAAUAUUUGGCCUUCCUACCCUCAAUAGGCAAUUUCUGCUCUACAUCUUGGACUUGUUCUCCUACGGCGCCUCGAGAUGGGAGAAGAACGAUAUGCCCAUCGCGAGGCUAGUAAGUGUCUUUCAUCCGGCAGUUCUGUCAGGGAGACCACAGGAAAUGAAUGAGGCCGAGCAUCGGCUUGCACAGGAUUCUGUCAUUUUCCUUACUCAUUGGCAAGAUGGAUUGUUAGAGGUGGUCAUUGAUCAGGCCAAAAAGGACUUGACCAAGGCUCGGCAUAGUACAUGA